GGUUGGUGGUGGCAAAUCAGCCAAACGCGUCGAAGGUCUUGCCCCACAGCCGUGUGCGACUGAGAGCGGCGAUUGCGCUCAACCGCAGGGAAUACGGCUGGCCAAAGGAGCGAGCAGAUCCGCACCAGUGCCCGUUUGAGUGGAGUGGCGAGAGAUUUGUGUGAUGUGUCGUUAGGUCGAAACGGUCGAGUCGAGUCGGGUCGGGUCGUGUACCUUUUGCCACGAAUGUUGUGCCAGUCAGGCUCUAAAAGGCCUUACGAGAACAGCUGAGAUUUCGCUGCUCCGCAUGACGCAAAGAUACUGAAAUUAAACUGAAAAAUUCCAAGUCUUUAAGUUAUCUGCUACAUCGUGUGUGCGCCGAGCGGGAAAUUCGAAAGCGAGCAAGAGAAAAAAAAAAUCAAAGUGUUUUAGUGAAAUACUGAGAUGCUAAUAGCAUAAAUAAAAAUAAUUUUUAUAAAAAAAAAAAAAAUAAAUAGAAGAGCAGCAAAGGAUAAAUAAUCAAGUAAAUAGAGCUUAGGACUCUAACGAAAGCAGUGCGCAGUACAAAGUGUAUUCCAGCAAUUAUCCCACGUGUUCCGACCCGGCCGCCAAAAUUAUUACGCACAAUUCGCUGAGCGUGUACGGCGGCGGCGUCAUGUGCGCCUCCCCGUCCACGGCUCCCGGCUUCUUCAACCCGCGCCCCCAGUCCGGCGCCGAGCUGUCCGCCUUCGACCUCGGCCUGUCCCGCUCGAUGGGGCUGGGCGUGGGCGUGGGUGUGCCGCCGCACAGCGCCUGGCACGAGCCGCCCACCUCGCUGGGCGGCCACCUGCACGCCGCAUCCGCCGGACCGGGCACCACCACCGGCAGCGUGGCCACCGGCGGUGGCGGCACCACGCCCAGCAGCGUGGCCAGCCAGCAGUCGGCGGUGAUCAAGCAGGACCUAUCGGCCUGUCCCAGCCUCAACCAGGCCGGAUCGGGCGGCCACCAUCCGGGCAUCAAGGAGGACCUCUCCAGUCUGCCCAGCGCCAACGGCGGCUCCGCCGGUGGCCACCACUCCGGCUCGGGCUCCGGCUCCGGAUCGGGCGUGAACAACUCCGGCCACGGCUCCGACAUGCUGCCCCUGAUCAAGGGCCACGGCCAGGACAUGCUGAGCAGCAUCAAGGGACAGCCCGCCGGAUGCGGCAGCACCACGCCCAGCUCCCAGGCCAACAGCUCGCACUCGCAGAGCAGCAACAGCGGAUCGCAGAUCGACAGCAAGCAGAACAUCGAGUGCGUCGUGUGCGGCGACAAGAGCUCCGGCAAGCACUACGGACAGUUUACCUGCGAAGGCUGCAAAUCAUUCUUCAAACGCUCGGUGCGACGCAAUCUCACAUACUCGUGCCGCGGCAGCAGAAACUGUCCCAUAGAUCAGCAUCAUCGCAAUCAAUGUCAAUAUUGCCGAUUGAAGAAGUGCCUCAAAAUGGGCAUGCGACGCGAAGCUGUCCAACGUGGCCGCGUUCCACCCACUCAGCCCGGACUGGCCGGCAUGCACGGGCAGUACCAGAUCGCCAACGGCGACCCCAUGGGCAUCGCCGGCUUCAACGGGCACUCGUACCUCAGUUCCUACAUCUCGCUGCUGCUGCGGGCGGAGCCGUACCCCACCUCCCGCUACGGCCAGUGCAUGCAGCCCAACAACAUCAUGGGCAUCGACAACAUCUGCGAGCUGGCCGCCCGACUGCUCUUCUCGGCGGUCGAGUGGGCCAAGAACAUACCCUUCUUCCCGGAGCUGCAGGUGACCGACCAGGUGGCCCUGCUGCGGCUCGUCUGGUCGGAGCUGUUCGUGCUGAACGCCAGCCAGUGCUCCAUGCCGCUGCAUGUGGCGCCGCUGCUGGCCGCCGCCGGACUGCACGCCUCCCCGAUGGCCGCCGACCGCGUGGUGGCCUUCAUGGACCACAUACGCAUCUUCCAGGAGCAGGUGGAGAAGCUGAAGGCCCUGCAUGUGGACUCCGCGGAGUACUCCUGUCUCAAGGCGAUCGUGCUCUUCACCACCGGUAAGUUGCUGGACAUCCUCUACAAGGAUGUGCCGGCGCUGCUCACCAAGGUAUCGGCCCUGAUCGGCAAGGGUUCUCGUUCCCCCUCCUCCACGUCCAACGACGAUGUCCUGGCCGUGGUGCGUGAGCAUCUGGACGAGCUGAACCGCCUGGAGCUGGAGUCCCAAGCUCCGCAGCAGGCGCCGCUCCAUCUGGCCGCCUUCAUGAAGAGCGUGGCCGGCGUCGAGGCUGCAGUGCAGCAGGCGGAGCAGGCCCAGGUCCAGGCUCCUCCUCCACCUCCUCCUGCCCCCUCUGCUCCCGCCUCUGCUCCUCUGCUGCCCUCCGCCGGCAGCGCCUUCAGUAGUUGCCCGAUCAAGUCCGCCGGCUCCGAGAUGGACCUGCUGGCCAGCCUCUAUGCCCAGGCCCAGGCCACGCCCCCAAGCAGCGGCGGCGGUGGCGGUGGCGGCGGGGACGCCUCCGGGCACAACAACAGCAGCGGGCUGGGCGCCUCGCUUCCUACUCAAUCGCAAAGCGGUUCGUCCUCCCGCAACCUAACCGCCUCGCCGCUGAGUAAUUCGCUGGCAACCGCUCCCGCUACUGUUCCCACCUCCUCUUCCUCCUCCACAUCCACCACCGCCCACCACCCUGUGCCAGUGUCCUCCGCCUCAUCCGCCCCGCUGGGUGGUGGAGCCUAUCAGACGCCCUCGGCCGCGGCGGCGGCGGCAGCCAUGUUCCACUAUCAGACGCCACCGCGCGCCGCCUUCGGUUCGGCCUUCGAUAUGUUCCACCACAGCACGCCCUUCGGGGUGGGCGUUGGCCACGCCCUCUCCCACUCGGGCGGCAGCGGGAGCGCGUCCUUCGGCAGCCCCAGUUACAGGUACUCGCCCUAUAGCCUGGCCGGUAGUAGAUGGCAGUUGUAGGAUCUCACAGAAGUCGAACUGAGCUGUACUGUACCGUACUGUAUAUUUACACAUGUAUCUAGAGCGUUAGGAGAAGCGUAACUUACUUUAGUGCCUACUGAUAGUUUCUAUUUAUUUAUUGCCUUACACUAAGCAUAAUUUAUUCUAGCCGUAAUCACUUAGAAUCGUUUAGUGAACUUUGCCAAAAAAUUUGAUAAACAAAGAAUCGAUGAGGAAGGAGAGAAAAAGAAAUUUAAGAAUAUAUAUAUAAAGCUGUUGCUGUUAAACAAAAAUCUAAUCCUGGCUUGUGUUUUUACUCGUUAUUGCUUACUAAUGAUUUACAUCGCUUGUUGACUAAUUUUAAAUGUAUUAUUUAUUUGUUUAUUUUGGUUUACUAACAAACAUUAUAUUAACCAAUUGACUAACCCUGCUUCUUAGCCAUGAACAACUAAAAGCUUUAGCUUUAAAGUUUUCGUUUAUUUCCAAGUGAGAUCCUACCAGCAUUUGUUAAAUUAAAUUUUGUUGGAUUUGUCGUUAAACAAAAGAAAUAUGUAUACAACCUUUUGAAACUAUUUAAUAUUAUUGAUUAGAUUUGUAUUUUGAAUUGAACUUGAACCGUAAUGUAACAUAAUGAUGAAUUUGAUUUUGUUUCUCUAACGAAAUGUCAUCAAAUUCAUCAUUGUUAAAUCGUCCUUAAUAUCAAGAACAUUCUAAAACCUAUGACGAAUUAGUUUUCAUAGCUCUAAACUAACAUGAUAUGAAAACCAUUUUAUCAUUCUAUCGCAUUUAAAAAUAAAAUAACUAGUUCCUUGAAACUUCUUUACCUAAAAGUUCCGAAUUCUAGGUCAAUUAGUUUCAAAUCAUUUACAAACAAAUACCUUGUAGCUUUUAUAAUUGCUCUUAAAAUGAUCAAAAUCCAAUAAUCAAAUGCCUUAGAUGCCUAAAAUGAUGAACACGUUCUGAUUAAGUAUUUAAGGCACAAUCCUAACCCAAGGUAAUGGCAUCAUUUUUAUUUUUCAGCUCACGGGAAAAUGUUUAAUUUUGUUGAAUUUAUUUCUUAAUAAUUUCAGCAAAUUUAACGGUUUUCAGUUGCAUAAAAAACUCAUUUAUUUAACACUAAUCUUUUCACAUUUUUAUUUCAUUUUUUAACAAAAGCUAUUCACACAAAAACAAACAAAAUUUAAUCUCAUCCGCACGUGGCAACAAAACGCUGGACUUUGGGAUUACACACACACUGAAACACAUGCACGUCUAAAACAUGCACACGCACACAAAUAAGUCACAACAGUUCAUAUGCGAAUAAUUUAAAUAUUUUUAAAAGCUUAUAACAUACCUAUUUUAAGACAAUUCGGUUCCACGCGAAAUAAAUCAUUGAAGCUUUGUAUGCAAAUAGAGUGAACCGAGGUUUUCUUUGACUUUAGCCUAAGCUAAGUUUGCGAUUAAGUGUAAGUUAGCGCAUUUAAGUUCGAUUAACGUAGGGUAGGGGAAGUGCAGUAUUUUUGAUUUAGUAACUCCCCCCUUUUCCCGUGUCGUGUCAACUAGCUGUCCAAUUCCACGUCGCAAUUGUUUUUCCGCUGAUCUGAACUCAGUCCGGCUCUCAGAUAUCCCAUUCCCCCCGCCUGCUCUUCGUGGCGACGUUUAUUGACGUCGAGAUACCACAUUAUGAACAUUAAUACAACACUCGUUUAUGUCGCUUACUUACAAGCCCAACUCCAGUCGACCAAUGCACCAAUGGACCAAUGGACCAAUGGACCAAGUCCAGGUCUUGGCCAAACUUGCAAUGAAAAUAAUUUUACCAUUUCCAAAACGCUGUGUGUGUCGCUUGGCCAAGCUACACCGUGAAAAUAGAGGGGUGUUUUUAUAAAAAAAUUAAAGUGUUAUAUUCGUAGACUUUGUGCUUACUUUGCUAACAAAACUUUUGUGUUUGGCUUCCGUUUAAUAAUAUUUUCUAAAACAAUUUCAAUUUAUCAAUUUUUCCUAUGGCUUACACUACCCUAAUUUUUCUUUGUGUAAGCCAAGAUCAGCUAAGCCCGACUCUUGAGGGGGCGUGUGUGGCGUGGAGUUCGUGGUCUCGCUGGCUGAGACCCUGGACCGACUGGCAAGCUGCAAUUGCAUUUGAAUUGGCUGCAUGAGUCCAUAAACUGCAGCCGAUCAAUCGCUGCGCGGUUUCCAGUCCCCAAACUCCAAUCCCCAAUCCCCAGUACCCCGUACCGAGUACCCAGAGUACCCAUGGUUCGAACUCAAAGAUUGUGGGAGACGAGACACGAUCGCGGUAGUAAAAUACCGGGUAUAGACUUACUAGAUCUUCUGCAGCGCAUUGACGACAUGUCUGCUCCUCUGGCUGGCAUGGCCUCACCUUGCCGCGGUGCAUCUUCGCCCCUCUGAUUGCUGUCGUUUGUUGCAGUUGUUAAGAGUUGUAGCUUUCAUGUCUUGGCCACACUUUUUGACCAACAUUCUGUGUGUGUUUUGCGCUGGCUUUUGGCUCGAAGCAGUGCGGAUCGAAGCAGAGUGGAGCGGAGUGGAGAGGAGUGGAGUCUCAAAUCGUUUUGUGGCGCUCAUUGAUCGCCUGCGCUACUUUUCCCCUGAAAAUUGCCAGCGACGUGCCUCGAGGCCUGGGACUCUGAAUCUGGCAAUUAACAGUAACUUUUGGGCCGGGGCAGACGUCGUUGAUUAGAAUCAUUAAGGGCGCGUUUCGAUAUUAGGUUUAGGUUUAGGUUUAGGUUUAGGUUUAGGUUUAGGUUUAGGUUUAGGUUUGUCUGCCAGUCUUUUAGACUGUUAGUCUGCCUUAAACGGGCUACGAGCUGUGUUUGCCCAAGAUUUAGAUGCAGUCGAUAGAGCGGAACUCCUUUUGCCCAGCCUGUCUCCACAGUUGACCCCACACGACCCGAUCCUUAUUAAAACUAAAUAAAGUUAUAACUGUUUUGUGGCGGUCGCGGCACGAACUGCGCGGCCAGAACUGGAGCCAUAAAGAACACAAAUCUAAUAAAAUAUAAUGCAGCAAUUCAUAAUUUUGUUAAACAGCUCAGAUCGCUUUGGUGGAGCGGGGGCAUUACAACUCCUUGUGCUCCUUUUUCGAUAUGUCUGCUGGUUGGGCAACCAACUACUUUACGGUCAUUAUGCAUUUAAAACACGCGGUCACGAUCUCUCCCUCGCUGAGUUAGUAACUGCGACGACCCAAAAUCGAAAACUGCAAACUGAAAACUGCAAACUGAAAACUGAAAACCGAAAACCAAACACAAAUACAAAUCGAAGUCAAGCCAAGAUCGUCGUAGGGUACAUAACUACAAGCCGAAAACAGUUAACAAAGCCAAGAGCCAAAAAAUCAAAGCCCAGACGAGGCUAACCCCUCGAGAAAGCUCUUUCUCCAGUGCUGCCCGACCUGGAAGUGGAAUGUCUUUCACUUUGGGCAUGCAACAACUCCUCCACGGAGCUGCUCCACGCCGAGAAAUCGCAUCCCAGCUCCUCGUCAUCUCGGCUGCAUUUCAAUGAAACCAAAACUUUGUGCCUGGCACAAUUUCAUUCCACCUCCUUCGUCUGCUGUCCAUCUGGGUUCCCGGGUAUCGUCCGAGCUAAUGGAAAGUCAAUUGACAAUUAUGGCCGUGGCCAAUGAAGUGAUUCGCUGAGCUGGCCGGACUGACCAUGUCUAAUUUGUAUCGUCAGAGCUUCACGAUUAUUACCAUUACCCUUGUUCGAACGCUCAUGGCUCAUGGCUCGUUGUUCGUUCCGUGGUUUAUGAAACCGAAUGGUUAAUAAUGGCUAAUUGAAUUCCUGUUGCCUCUGGCGACAAAUCAUUUAGCCUGAUUUACGCGCUUUGUGUGGGGGCAAGGCCUAGGAAAUUUAUACGAUAACUGCGGCCCAAUGUUUUUUGUGAAUAUUAUCUGUGAGCCCGAUUGGCUGGCCCAAUCAUCAGCAGAUCUUGGCCGCACAACAAGCCGUGGUUUUGCCUUUCCACUGACACUCGUCUUUGUGGCCGGCUCAGAUUCGCAGUUGCGUGCAACCAAUACGGCCGAGAGAGCCAUUAACGACAUGCAGUGCCAGACAGCUGGCCAUGCAAUCACAAUCGGAUAUAUGAGCUCGAACCAUGAUGAUAUCGGCCGGCAAAUGGCCCAAUCAUUAGCUCAGCCUGCUCGGCUGCUAAAUGAUAUAUCAGCAGCAACUGCAGCUCUUUCGCUUCGCAUUGCGUAAUGGAGUCCUAGAGUCGUCGACUCUACGCAGUGACUAAUUAAGCAAACAAAAUUUCAUAUGCAAUUUCGAAACGCCAUUCUUAACGGCAACAACCAUUUAAAAUGCUUUAAAGCUAUGCAAAUUUACAAGUGCUGAUGUCUAAUUUGAAUUUCAAACAGUCAAACAGUCAAACAGUCGACCACAGAAAUAUAUAUGAGUAUAAAAAAUAGAAGAACCGCUCGCUGCGGUGUGUUGAUGUUUUUACAGCGGCAAUUGAUAAGCAAACUUUUGGUGCCUGGCAAUUAACACUCGACGGCACACGCUGCGUAUGCGCAAUCCAGCAAUCCGACAGCAUUGCCGUAAUUAAAUGCCACGGCUAGCUGACUAGAUGGAAAACCCAUUGGCUAGGCUGUAUCGUUUUCGCGGGGACAGGGCAGGGCGUUGUCUUGCGGCUUCAUUUUCCCCAAUUUAAUUAACCCAGUGUUGUUCGGUUGUUCUCAGUGGACCGACUUCAAUUGAACAUAAAUCAAGCAAAACAUGACGUAAUCUCUCAGUUUCGUCAUCGAUCCGCUGCUUUUGCCUUGUUUUUGUUGUUUUUAUGUUCAGUGUGCUCAACUCAAUUGAACUGAGCUGAGUUGUGGGCGUGGCAGCCGCUCAUGUUCGGUUAUUGGUUUGACGUGACAGGCAUUCGAGAGUUGGAAAUUUCGAGCUGAGCCGGCGCCAGGUGAACUGCCCCAAAGAGUAUUUGCAUCCAUAACUGUGAAUCUGCAGGCAACUGAUGGUCCAUUCGCUGUUUUGC